UGGCGGGCUGUUUGAAUGACGGAAGUGACGGGAGGUCGGCGAUGGCUGCCCCGCAGGCGCACAAACGGCUGUUGGGAAGCUGGUGGGCCCCUGGCGCCGGGGCCUUUUCUGUCUGAGCUGUGAUUCCUGACCCCGGGUUUCUGGUUCACGGAAUCUCUAAAGUACCCAGAAAUGAAAAGAAAGGUAGGGAAUGCUGGCAAGCUGAGAUUGAGUCCUAAUGAGGAAGCUUUCGUUUUAAAGGAAGAUUAUGAAAGAAGACGAAAACUAAGACUGCUGCAGGUUCGAGAACAAGAAAGGGAUAUCGCCUUUCAGAUAAGAGAAGAUAUAAAACACAGGAGAAAUCAGCAAUUAGCCCGUUUGGCAGAGGAACUAAGGACAGAAUGGAAAGAAUCACAAACUCAGAAAAUAAAGACCUUGGAAAAACUGUAUUUGGCAAGUUUAAGAAAUAUGGGAGAGGGACACCAACAAGCCAAAGAAAAUGAACCUGAUUUGAAUGCUCUGGCACAGCGGGCAGCAGAAAGAAAAAGAAAAGCAGAAAUGAGACAUAAAGAGGCUCUGAAAUUACAGAAAAAUCAAAAAGAGGAACUAAUGAAACAAAAAACCUGGCAUAUAACAGCUCGAAAGGAAGCAUUACUUGUGGAAAAAGAGAGAUCUGCCAAAAUUACAAGUCUGCCACCACCACCUCCAGCUCUUUUUGAGAACAUUGAAUUAAAGAAAACUUCUCAUGUGAAAACCAGUAGUUCUACCUAUCAUCACCUCCACACUUUUGUGAAUAGAGAGAUGGACACAAACCAGCCAGAUCCUCGUGUGGCUGCUGAAGAAGAAGUGAAAAGACUGGAAGAACGACAAAAACAAGCAGCACAAGAGAGAAUGGAACAGUGUGAAAAGGCGCAUGUGCGGGGUUUCCAAGCAAUGAAAAAGAUCCACUUGGCUCAGACUCAGGAGAAAGUAAUGAAAGAACUCAAACAGCUGCAGCAAGACGACCUGGCACGCAGGAGACAGACUGUGGCACAGAUGCCCCCGCAGCUAGUUGAACUUGCGUACAGGCGCAGUGAGAUGAAAGAAGACCGGCAGAGGGAGCUGGAAUUCGCCUUUGAAGACCUGUAUGACGCAGACAGGAAGGUAAAAGGAAACCUGAUUUUGCGCCUUGAACCAGAACCUUUGCCUACUGUGGCUGAUCCGAUCCAAGAUGAAGAACUGGACCUCUCAAUGGAACAAGAAAAUUUAGCAGAAACUGAAAACAUUCCAGUGACAGAAGCCGAAAUAAUAUGUUCUAGUGAAGCAGACGCUUCCUUAUCAAUGAAGACCCACCAGGUUCCUUCAAAAAUUCUUUUUAAAAAAUUAUUAAAUAAGAUCCGAAGCCAAAAAUCUCUCUGGACGAUUCAGUCCACGUCUGAAGACGAAAACGAAGUGAUUACCACUGCUAGUGAGACUGAGAGUAAAGCCCCAACAGUCGAAUCAGGAGCAAUUGCUGACGAAGAUAAAACAUUAUCCUCUGGGCAGGAACAAGUUGCUGAAAGUGAUACUUUAACAGUUGACUCUGGACCACUUAGUAGUGAAGAGAAACCACUUGCAUUGGAUACAGACUAUGAAAAGGAACAAGAAAUAAAUGAGACUCAGCCCAUCACAACUGUAGCUCAGAGUUCGGUUCUGCUUCAUCCUCAAGAAGAAGCAGCCAGAAUUAGAAUGGCAGCAAGGCAGAAACAGAUCAUGGAAAUCGAAGAGCAGAAGCAAAAGCAGUUGGAAUUACUUGAACAAAUUGAACAACAGAAGUUACGAUUAAAAACUGAUUGCUUCAGGGCUCAGCUGGAAGAAGAAAAAAGAAAAAGAACUCAACAGACUGGGGUCGGCACUGCUCCAGCAUCACGCGCCGUCAAAUCCGAUGAAGAUAAUCACAGGCAGAUGAUUCGUAACUAUCAACAUCAGCUUUUACAGCAAAACAGGUUUCACAGACAGUCUGUGGAAAUAGCCAGGAAGCGAUUACUCGAAUAUCAGACUAUGUUAAAAGCAAAGUACCCACCCAUGUUAGCCACUUCAUUGGUAUCUGAUUCUGUUGUAACAGUACCACCACAGAAAUCUGAAAGACCCACUGUUAUAUCAGAGCAUCGGGACCAAGGUCAGAGACCCAAGUUGAGUUCAGAUGUUUUAGCCAAGCAGUCUCUGGAGUCAGAGGAACAGCCUAAGCAAUUCUCACAGAGUGAAGUACAACAGGGAGACUAUAAAUUGCCUCAUAAAGAUUCUCAUACACUUUCAAAGCCUUUGUCAUAUGAUAGACCGCGAAUAUUACACGAUCCUAGAGAAAUAGCUGAAACGUCUACGGCAACAACUUCUCAAACUUUAGACUCCCAGCAAAGAUUCUCAGAGAACAAUGAACAUAUACCCUCUAAGCUAACUGAACAUUCUUCAUUCCAACCACUGGCAGCUGAGCGUGCUUUUAGUUCUCUGCCUGCUACAGUGGAAUCUGGAAAAAUCCAGGAACCCUUUCCAACCAUAAGCAAAAGUACAGUUCCUGUAAGUCCUUCUGUAAUCAGCCAAAUACAGGAUAAGUCUUUGCCAUCCUCAGAGAAUAUCACAGCCCAGAAGGGUAAUUUGAAGGCUCUCCAAGAACAGUUAGACCGACAGAAGGAAAUUCUUCGGUCAAGACAGGAAGCUCAAGAACAAUUGCUUUUGCACAAACGAAAAGAAUUGGAAGGACAAACUGGCCUCUCGAUAUCCCUUCCAUUAGUACCUCUGGAUUCAUUUGCUACACUGCCUUCUGCCAGAGCUGAAUCAGGGAGAAUCCAGGAAUCUUUUCCAAUCAGAGAUGAUACUGCAGUUUCCUCAGGCCAUCUUGGGGUCCCACGACUUCAGGAUAGGCUUUUGAGUUUUUCACAGCCUGUCUUAUCACAGCAAGAUAAUUUUAAAUUUCUCCAAGAACAGUUAAAUAUUCAGAGGGACAGCCAACAGGCUAGGCGAGAAGCCCAGGAAGUAUUAUGUGUACAUAAACAGAGUGAAGUGGAUGGAAGAAUAUGGUCUGAACAGACUGAACCCCCCUCUCUCCCAUCUCAGGUGGCUCAGCAUACAUUGACUUUGCGACCUUCUGCCGGCACUCAUUCUGGAAAAACCCAGGAGCAGUAUUCAUCCGAGAGUGAGAAGGGACUUCUCUCAAGCCAGCCUGAAAUCCAGGAAUCUCGGGAUGGGUCUUUGAGUUUCCUACAGCAGUUCCUACCUUUGCAUGAUAGUAUGAAGCUGCUCCCAGAACAGCCGACGGCACAGAAGGGCGCUCUUCAGGCAAGGCCUGAAGCCCAGGCGGAGUUGCUUUUGCAGAGACCAAGGGAUUUGGGAGACAGUACGUCUGGGCAGAUGAGUUCUGUAUUCCCACCAGUGGUUGUUCAGUGUUCAGUUGCUUCACAACCUUCUGCUAAAGCUGAGCCUAGAAGAAUUUCUUUAUCUGAGAAGGAGAGUACCGUUCCUUCAAGUGACUUGGUACUCCCAGCAUUUCAGGACCAGCCUCGUAGUUUGCCACAGUGGGAAAAUUUGACAGCACGUCAAGAACAGUUACACGUGCAGAGGGUGAUACUUGGUGCUAAACAAGAAACCCAGGAAUUUGUACACAAACAAAGUGAAUUAGAAACAAUGGUUUCUUCUGAACAGACUGGCACCUUUUUAUCCCUGUCCCAGGUAGCAGAGUCUGAAAGAGUCCAGGAGUUUAUGUCAGUCCAGAGUGAUAGUACAGUUCCUGUAAGCCAUUCUAAGAUCCCGAGAGUUCAGGAAAGACUUCUGAGGUUUCCACAACAUAUACUACCUCUACAGGAUGAUUUGGAGGAACACCACAAAUGGCUAGGCCUGGGGAAGGAGGCCCUUCAUUUUAGCCAGAAAACCCAAGGGAAUCUAUCUUCUGAACAGACCGACUCCUCAUUCCUGCCCCAGUUAGGACAGCCUUCAUUUACCUCAUUACCUUCUGCUGAAUCUGGUACAACCCAGGAAGCCCUUUCAACAGAGAGUGAUACUAAAAUUCUUUCAAGCCAUUCUCAGAUCCCACAGUUGCAGGAUAGGCUUUUGAGGAUAUCACAACUUAUCCAGCCUCAACAAGAUAAUUUGAAGGCUCUUGGAGAAAGGUUAGCUAUACAGAGAGAAGCUAUCAUUCGAUCUAGACAGGAAGCUCAGGAAGAAUUACUUUUGCAUAAACAGAGUGAGUGGAAGGAAAGAAUAUCUCCUGAACAGGUUGGCGCCUCUUCCUUCCCCCCAGUUGCACAGCAUUCAUUUGCUUCAUUACCCCUUAGUGAAUCUCGAAGAGUCCAAGAACCUUGUUCAGCUAAGAGUGAUAAUUUGGAGAUACCAAGAUUGCCUGACAGGCUUUUAGAUUUAUCACAACCUGUUUUAACCCAGCCAGAUCACCUGAUUGCACUUCAACAAGAACACUUGUCUGCACAAAGAAAUCCCCUUCCGUGCAGCAAGAAAACCCAGAAAGAAUUGGUUUUGCCCAGACAGUAUAAAUUUGAGGAAAAGUUACCUGCUGAGCAUUUUAUCCAACCUCACCAGGGUGAUUUGAAGGCACUUCAGCAGCAGUUAGAUAUACAGAGGAGAUCCAUUCGAUCUAGACAGGAAGUCCAAGAAGAAUUACUUUUGCAAAGACUAAGUAAACUGGAGAAAAAGGUCUCAUCUGAGCAGACUGGCUCUUCACCCUUAUCCCAGGUAGCACCGCCUGUUGCCAAUUGUGAAAGAAUCCAAAAGCCUUUUGUACCCAGAUGUAACAGUACUGUUCCUGUAAGUCACCCUGAAAUCUCAACAUCACAGGACAGACCUUCGAGUUUAUCACAGCCCGUUCUGUCUCAGCAAGACACUUCGACAGCACAGUUGGACUUACAAAGGGAAGUGGUGCUUUCUAAUGAGAAAGUCCAGGAAGAACUUCUAUUAAACAAACACACACAGUGGAUUGAAAGUGAGUCUUCUGAGCAUGCUCUUUCCUCUUUGUUUUCAGCUCACAAAAGAGAGCAUUCAUUUAUUCCGCUGCCUUUUGCUGAAGUUAAAUCUAAAAACAGUUGUGGAUUGUAUUCCUCUAAGAAUGAACAUGCAGCUCCCUCCGGCAAUUCUGUGAUCCCCAGAUUUCAAGAUAGGCUUUUGAGUUUUUCACCACCUGUCUUAACUCGGCAAGAUAACCUGGAAUUUCAGAAGCAGUUGGAUCUACAAAAACAAGUUCUGCAUCACAGCCAAAAAGCCCAAGAAGAGUUGCUUGUACAGAGACAGACGACACUGCAGCAGCAGAUACAGAAACAUCAAGAGACUUUGAAGGAUUUCUUUAAAUACGGUCAGAUAAGUCAGCCCACAGUUGGAAAUGACGUGCAAAGUCAGAAGCUCAGAGAGUGGCUUCCUCGUCCCCAAGACCUAGCAGGAGACGAUCAGGAAAACAUUAGGCCUGUUACUAGGAGCAACUCCGAUGACAAUCAGCUGCUUUCAGAAAGUAGUGCCAAGCAAAGUGGCAAGCAUCUGGACAAAGAACUGGGCAGGAGAUCUUCCAAGCCGCCUGUAGCAAAAGUUAAAUGUGGAUUGGAUUUGAACCAACACGAACUUAGUGCUAUACAAGAGGUAGAAUCACCAGCAAGUGGCAGAACUUCUCUACUAGAUUCUUGUCAAGACAGGGAUCCCCUGAGGGUCUCAAUAAGCCGAGAACAAAGUUUCUUUGGGAGCCCACUGGACUGUGAACCAUUUGGUUGUCUUUACCCGGUUGCCCAGGAGAACGUCUGUGGUGCUAACUCCAGUGAAGCAGUCAAGGUCAAGGAGGCUGUGACUGAGAAUGACGCAAUAUUAAGUUAUGCUGUGGAGGAAGAACAUACAUAUCUGAGUCCACCUGUGAAGCCACAUAAUGCUGAAACAGAAGAGAUUUAUCAUGAGCCAUUAUCAUCAAUAACUGUUUCUACUGGGAGCUUUUUAAGUUAUGAAAACACAGAUUUGAGCCUUACAGAUGCAGGGUCAUUUUCAGAGCAUGCAUCGGACCACAGGGAACAAGAACCUACCACUGCUAAAGAAGAGGAAACAAAUGUAUUAAGUUCUGUAGUUCCUGCAUCACAAGUCAGUUAUCAAAGGCAGGACCCUGGGGAAGUUCAUAAACCUGUGUUGCCUGCGGUGGAAAAAUUCACAUCUGGUCAGACACACCUUCAGCAGAUGAUGGAAAAGCACAUAAAUGAAGCAAAUUUGAUGACUGAGAAGACAGACUUGCGGGUUGACCUUGACUUUCCGGAAUUGGAACACACUUUUCCAAAUCUGCAUCAUCAGCUAUUUAAACCCUUAGAACCACAUCCAGAUUUUGAUAUGUUAUCAUCAUACUCUGGGAUUUCUCAAGACAGCAGAGACUUUCACCAGAACUCUGAUUCUUCAUGGGAAAGCCACCGUACUACCGUUUCAUCCAAAAGUACAGCUUCCCUUACAGCGCUGAGAACCAGCCUGAAUCCUUCUAACACAAGCCCGAACCAGCAACCUGACCCUCACUUGGCUCAUGCUGCAGCUCAGAUUUUUGCUACAGAAAACAUUACUGAGGGCUCUGAACAGUCUUUUCAACAGCUUCUGCCAGAAUUUUCUUCGCAGGAGGGGAGCCAGCAUGUUGAUCUACCAAGUAUUUUUAGCAUUGAAGCAAGAGAUUCUUCCCAAAGCAUGGAAAAUCAUAACUACUCUGCACAGACUGAAUUACAAAAUAGGAAAAAAAGUGUUCCUUUCCAGCUCUCUGUAGGAAAUUUACAAAAUUCAGGCUUCAGGUCAUCUGAUGAGGCUAAUGGAUUUCAUCACUUAAAUCUACAGCAUAGCACUCCCUGUGGUUCUACCUCUAGUGAAUGCUCAAUAAAAGCCCAACCAGAAGGCAGAGAAGAAACACUGGGCUCUGAAAAACUGUCAGAAAGAGGGAUCGAUACAAUGUUACAAAGUCAAGGACUCAGUGGAGACAAAAAGGAAACCUGUGGGGUUUUAAAUAUAAAUUCACAAGUAGAGGAAAUCGAUUCACAGUUGUGUCUGAGAACAGUGGAGAUGGGAACUUCAGUUCAAGCACCAUAUUCUGUUCAGAAUGAAAAAUAUUUUGAGAAUUCAGCUAAAGCAGAAACUCCAGAAAUCCUAAGAAACCUCUCUCAACUAGCACAGUCAGAGCUCUUUUUAAGUUCUGGAUCAUUACAGAGCUCUAUUCCAAUGUGGUUGACAGAGUCUGGACAUGGUAUAAUGGAAGAGCCAGAGCUUACAUUAGUAAGCACCAGUGAUAUCAGUAUUGCUGAAAUGGAGUUUGCAAACUUAACCCUAGAAGAAAAGAAAGAAAAUGAGGCAGAAAGCAGCUUUCAGGUGAAUGAAUUUCUGCCUCUUCUAUCAGAAAAAGAAACCUCAGAUUAUCCAGUAUCAGAGCACUGUGUGGAGGAGCCAGUGGCAGUUUCGGCAGAAACCCUGCCAAAGUUUACAGCUAUACCUGGGAGCUUACAAGAAGCAUUUGUAAAGAGGAAAAAAUCAUUUAUAGAGAGAUCUUCCCAGAGACAGAAAGAAAUAAAGAGUAAGAUUUACCUUUCUGAGAAAUCUCAGAUCAAAACAGCUAAGGAGAAACCAACAGGCUCAUCUGUGAGUCGCCUGAAGGGUGUGAAUAAGGUCAGAGUGUCACUUCCUGAAGACAGAAAGACUGCACAAGCCCACAUGCGUCAAAGGGCUUUAAGAUUAUACAAUCAGUUAGCUGAAGUGAAACAGCAAAGGGAAGAGAAAGCAAAGCAAGAUGCAUAUGCCCAAAAUCGAGCAAGGGCAAAAGAGUUUCAUAAGGUGAGUGAGGCCCCCUAUAAUCUUUCCAGGUCUAGGGCACUGCAACUGUUAAUUUCAUUUUUCUAUUCCCUCCACAGAAAACACUAGAGAAACUUCGAGCCAAAAAUACGUGUUGACUUUCUACAAAAUGUGUAAAGAUUCUUUGUUUAAAUUAUGUGUAACAUAGGUGAAGUUAUUUAAAGUCAAUAAAUUUUUAUUUAAGAAUUUUAA